CUGUACAAUUAGUUAUUAAUUAAUGAAAGUGUUUAAUACCAGCAGCUAGUUAUUUCAGAAUGUUUUAGUGUUUUCAAAGAAAUGCACAACUGUGUGGCAUUCCAGUAAUGCCUGACUGGGAGGAGGCACAGAACUCUCUAAAGGAAUAAUAAAUCCCAACACAAACACGAAUUUGGAACUGCUUGAUCUGUCUGUGUCCUCAGUGAAUUUCAUGGCUGUGUGAGUUGUAUUUCUAAAUGCUUAAAAUGGCUUCCCCACUGAGAAGUGUUCAUUUUUAGGGUGAAUUAUUAAAAGUCUGAAAACAUAGAGAACUUAGUUUUGGGUCCCAAAUAACACAUAAGUAAACUUUGAAGAAAACUUGAGAAGGUGGAGCAACAUCUUUCCUCUCUGCCAUAAUGCCACUGACUUUGACUGAUUCUUGUUACAAACCAACCACAAGUCAAAGAGCUUCAGCGAGGGUCUGUCUGGUUCACUCAUGAUGGAAAAUAUUUGCACUAAUGAAAAUAUUUCCAUGAGAGAGCCUGAUUUAUGUUUUCAGCAGCUGAGACACGCCCUUAUCUUCGUUUCAGGAAACGGGUUUUGCUGCACAAAGACUGUCGCCUCCUUCUUGUUCUUCUCUCUACCUGCAGAGGCUUUAACCCGCCGGGGGUCCGAGGUCAAAGGCCCGACUGCUGCACCACCAACCAGUUAUUGUGACUAACGUUUCACAAUCACAUGUAGGAGUCCAGAGAAGAACAUUCCACAACACCAAAGAGCUGCAGCACGAACAUCCUGAGGAAACAACACUGGCUUCCUGUCAAAUUAAGCCAAGCCGACGGCUGCUCGGGGUGAUAACCGCUUACUGGCUGAGGUGCAGAACCACCUUCAGAUCUGCAGCCGCCCACCAGAACCAGAUCUGCCCACCAGGAAGGUCCAGACACCAGUCAGUCGAGCUCCAGGACGGUAGCAGGAUGGGCCUCCUACUGCUGCUCACCUCCACGCUGCUGUCCAGCUACUUCCAUCCAGGCAGCGUGGUGAACGCACAGCACACGUUCACCAUCAGAGACAUCAGCUUGUCCAUCGAGCCGAGUACUGAUGUGACUCGAGGCACCAACGUGACCGUGAGAUGCAAGGUGACGGUCAGCAGCUCGGGUCAGGAGGCACUGAGUCGCGAGUACACGAUAUUCAAGGAUGGCAGCAUCGUGUACACCAAGACCACCAGCUCCUCUGAGGAUUUCCUGUACCCUCUGCCUGAGGCCAGAGUGUCCAACAGCGGCAAGUACAAGUGCAAGAUAAAAAUCGGGGACAGACAGUCGACCAGCGAAGCUAAAAAACUGACAGUAAGAGGCCUGUCCAAGCCAGUUCUCCACCUAAACAAAGGCGUGGUCACUGAAGGGGAGGAGCUAACCGCCACGUGUAUGGCACCAGGAGAGACGGGCUCCAUUUUCUUCUACUUCUAUGAUAAUUCCAAAGAGAUCCAGGAGAAGCUAGUGAACUCCAACCAGGCUGUGGCAGAGCUUCGCUUCAGGAGCACCGGCAUCCACAAGAUCCACUGUGCCUACACCGUCCUCUUAACGCCUGACUCCUUCAAGUCUGAGGAAAGCAACUCAGUCACAGUUUCUGUCAAAGAGCUUGACAUCACAGUGGUUCUGGAGAUUUCCCCUCAGUACAGCAUCUUUGAAGGAGACCGUCUGAAUAUCUUUUGCUCUAUCCAAACCUCUCAGCGCAGCACUGAAAAGAUGUUCCUGUACCUGAGCGAAGGCACCAGCCUCCUCAGCAGCGGAGCCAAGAAAGUCAACCACAGCAUGGUGGCACUGGCAAAGACUGGUGGACUGAUGCUUGAGUGCAGAAUGGAGAUGGGGCAUUUAGUGAAAACUGCCAAUAAAACCUUACCUGUUACUGAGCUGUUUUCUGCACCGACUCUCACCGUGUCGCCCGCUGAAGUCUUUCAAAGGGAACCCAUGACGUUAACCUGCAAAAGUGAGAGCUUUGCCUCUGAAAGACUCCAGAGCAGAGACUUGACUUACACUCUUUAUUCCCUGGGAAACCCGCUGAAGUCAGGGAACAGUGGAAUAUUUUCUGGCAAGGCUUUGCAGCAUGAAUUCAACUAUACCUGUACAGCUCGAGCCAAAGGCAUUGAGAAGCACAGUCAGACCCUGACAGUUCGACCAAGAGUUUUUGUUUCCGCUCCAAAGAUCUCAGUUUCCGGCAAAGCGAUCCUCGGACAGCCUAUCCAGAUCCUCUGUGAGUCGGACACCGGCAGCCUGCCCAUAAACUACACUCUGUGGAAGGGUUACGGUAUAGAAGACAUGACCACAGUCCACAUGCCCUUCCAGAAAGCUCUUUUCACAGUCUCCAUCAGCAAACCUGAGGAGAUAAAACUGUAUAUGUGUGAGGCGAAUAAUGGUCGCCGCGAGGAAGGUCCUUUUGGCGCAAGACUCACUGCAAAUGUCACCGUGCCUCUGUCCCAUGCGAUGCUGUCUGUCCUCCCUGCCCUACACGACAUCUCAGAGGAAGGUCAUCUCAACCUCAUAUGCAGCGUUGAAGGCACACCACCAGUCACCUUUAAAUGGUACCGUGUUGGAGAGUCACAGCCACUGAACGCCACCACUUCUGACCAGGUUCACAAGGACUAUGAGUUCCCCGUGAUAACCAAAGCGCACAGUGGAAAAUACUACUGCGAAGCUUUCAACCACGCCAAGAACAUUGUCAGAAGCAACGAGGUCACCGUAGAAGUUCGCAUGGCGAUGUGGAAGAAGGCGCUGAUCGGAGGCAUCUGCCUGCUCAUAGUGACAGUGCUGGUGUUGGUUUUUGGGCUGUACUUCAGAUCCAAGAGAGGUAAAAGAGAAGCAGCUGCUGAAUUGUCAGUAAAGCCUUCGAGCCCUAAAUCAGAUGACUCUUUAACAGUGAAUCUAACCCACGACACAGAGGUUUAUUAUGCAGCCACAGACGCAGCGUCGUUCUAUGAUGGCAAGGAGGGGAGAGUGACCAAUGGGACGCGAGAUAGCAUGUCGUCACUACCUGCUGACAUCAGCAACAGGAGCAGCUACAGUAUCCCAGCCACAGUGUAGAGAGACACCCCACAGUGGGAGGGACAUUAAUGCAAUUCUUACUCACUUUCAAGGAAAAGCGAAACUUCUCAGAAAACACUUUUGGAGAAUCCUCUUUAUGAUGUUGAGCGUUGCUUCUUCACAGACACUUUUCUCAGUAAAAAGGAGGGCUGUUGUAAACCAGAACCCGCUGCUCCCUCUCCCCUCCUUCUGCAGUCUAGAUGGGCUUUGAUUUUAUGCCACUGUGUCUCUGCUUCUGUGUGACUGCAUGCCCCUGAUGUUGCUGUAUUUGUCUCGUGUCCGAUUGAUUUGUGUAUACAUUCUAUUACGAUCACAGGAAAUGUGUGUAUAUAUUUUUGGUUGAUCGCUCGACUGAUGGGAAGAGAGAUUUGUAGAAUAAAGGCACUGGUGUUAUUUA